AUGAAUUACAUUUCCAACUUCCUUACGAGACAAAAAUUAUUUUAACUUAUACAUAUUAAUAGCAGUAAGCGAUUCAAGUCCAUUAUAUGUUACAGACAGAUCAAUUGCAGGUAUACAUUUAUGUAAUAUUGUAAGAGUAGAUGAAUUGGAGUUAUUAAUAUUAAUCCAAGUAUGAAUUAGAUUCUAUUUUAAAGUAUGGUGCCUAAAACUAACAACUGCUGGUUUAUUACAUGUUACAACUUAGUUAUUGGACUCCUCAAAACAGUCUUAUAUAUAUUUACAGGUUCAGUGUUAGAGAUGAAAUGAGUGAGUUAAAUUAGGUUAUCCAUAUUUAUUAAAAUAAAUUAAGAAUAGAAAAUCAAACUAUAAUCUAUGAAUAUUAAAUGGAAUCAUUCAAUAUAAGUUUCAAAAUAAUGCAAAUGGAGAGGGAAGUAAUAUUAUAGAAAUAAGUUAAUUUUCUCCAUCUAUUAGCAAUUUCAAUGGGGUUGAUUGAGAAUUAUUUUUGGAUCUAUUAGGUUCAUUGA